AUGAAACUUUCCGCUGCAAUCGAAAUACGAACAAGUCACUUGACGAACAGUUGCACAGUGACACCCGGCAAGCUAAGGCAAAGGGCAGAGGGUAUGCAGUCUCCCUAUGUGCAGGAGCGGUUACAGUCGCUGGAGACGAUAGACCUGCAAUUGUGCUCGAUGUUGCAGGAGGUCAGCGAGGUGGUGUUCACUUUCAGCGAGAUAAAGAGAGGCAACGUCGACGUGAAACCGCAGUUCACUCAACAUGUCACACGGUUCUACAGCCUCCUGAACGAGUCCACAGGGAAACUGAGGGAUGAGAUUAGGCUGCUUGAUGAGAACGUCGGGAAACGGCUGCUGCCCAUCAACAACGUCAGCAAGAGAGCUCUCGGACAGGACGACGAGAAGCUCCAAGAGCAGAUGAAACUGCUCCAAGAGGUGCUCGAGGGUCCAGGGGAACACCCACCGCCGACUGCGUAA